UCAGUUCUUUGUUGUCACAGACUGUUUGAGCUUACUCCAGUCACUGGGACUUAUUCACACCUUCAAAUUUCCUGAACUUUUCAGAUUUCUAAAAUUUGUGGCAAACUGAGUGACAAAAGCAAUGAAUGUUGAGCACUUCCCUGGGGUCCAGUGCAUAUGGAGCUAUGGGUGUAUGGAUAUGGUUUUGGUAGGAAGGCAUCAUCCCAAAAUGUCAUCAGUCAGCAAGAGGAGUGUCUAAAGGAACUGGAGGAACUCAAAUUUGAAAUCCAGAAGUGUCAAUUUGAGAGGGAUGAACUUUAUCAAAUCCUGGACCUUUAUAUCUAUGAUGAAUGGGACCACAGGCUGGAUGUCGAAUUGCCAGUACUUCAAUCCGAACAUGAGAUGAGAAUGAUGGCUAUGCAAAUGAUGACCAACUCAAUAAGUGAUGCCAUGGAGAGGUACAAGGAGCUCAUACAAGUGAACAGUUCCUACCGCAUCAGGCACUCCCAGCUCCUGCGUGAACAAGCUCAAUUGAAGAACAAUAUACAGAUUUUGCUGAAUGAGAAGAGAGAACUGCUGGUGGAGCAGACUGAACGGCCAGCAUCCUCUGUGGAGGCAAAGAGGCUCUGUGAAGAGGCCGGAAUGAACAUCUGUGACCCCAGAGCCAAGCAACAGCAGGUCUGAAGUUCUCCAGCAGAAACUCGAACAUGACACAGACCAGGACAAGAUCUCCCUUGGAGAGAAGUGCUACAGGAGGAGAACUAAGUGUGCACAGCAAAUCACCACUAUUGCAUCUCAUCUGUAAUGUCCAUAGCAAUUGUGGACUGCAUUUUCCUCCUUUAGUUUGACUUCUUUGGAUUGAAUAGGCCGUACUUUCACCUCGCCUCUCUCCAGCAAGUGUAAUCUUUUGGAGGGACCCAGAGAAGUGCUGAUGCACAUCAAUCAAGAGCUGCUGGUCAUCCAGAAAGACUGUGCACGUGUAAAUUUGUACUUGUCCUGAUGGGUCAUCCAGAAUUGUGUCGUGGAGAUCAGUUCACAACAUUGGAAAGACUUUGAGACAAAGUCUGUGAUGUAUUUUAUACUCAGUAAUGGAUGGUCUUGUCCUUCAUACCCCACUCCAAUCGAAGAGACCUCCUUACAUUCCAUCAGUAACUGCUUGUCUAUUAUGUUCCAAGGCCAACCACGGGGUAUAAGUCUGUUCUGCAAAAUGAAUAGCAAAAGAAUGUUUAGCACAAUUCCUCUGUUUAGAUUUUGGUUUGAGUUUUGAUUAUUUUGGUUUUUUCGUUUUUCUUGUAUUCAUUUGAAAGUUUGUUAUUUAUUUGUUUUUGUUUUAUUCUUGCAGUUGAUUCGCUAUUUUGAUAAGGAUAUAGACUGUAUAUAUUGACUACCCGCAUCUGGUUACUAUUGAGUAAAUUGGAUGUAUUCUUUUAAAUAAAACAGUAAUCUCAAA